CUCGCUCGGGCACGAUGGAGGACGGGGAGGGCUACAUGGCAUUCAACCUGCAGCCCAAGCAAUGCGGCUCGGGUGGCCCAUCCCUGGCUGGGAACCAAGGUUCCCGUCAGUGUCCUGGCUGGCUUCAGGUCGCUCUAGGGGCUGGGAAUCUCAUCCUGGCAGUGGCUGUGCUGUUGCUGGUGCUUUGUGUUUCCCACUUGGUGUCUGAGAAGGGACAGACCCCGGCAGCCCCUGAUUGCGAAGGAGCCGAGAGCAGAGAUACACCGAGACCCCCUGGGAGCGACGGAGCCAGGAGCAGAGAUACAGCGACACCCCCUGGGAGUGACGGAGCCGGGAGCAGAGAUACAGUGACACCCCCUGGGAGCGACGGAGCCGGGAGCAGAGAUACAGCGACACCCCCUGGGAGUGACGGAGCCGGGAGCAGAGAUACAGCGACACCCCCUGGGAGUGACGGAGCCGGGAGCAGAGAUACAGCGACACCCCCUGGGAGUGACGGAGCCGGGAGCAGAGAUACAGCGACAUCCCCUGGGAGUGACGGAGCUGGGAGCAGAGAGAGACCGACAUCCCCUGGGAGCGACGGAGCCGGGAGCAGAGAUACAGUGACACCCCCUGGGAGCGACAGAGCCGGGAGCAGAGAUACAGUGACAUCCCCUGGGAGUGACGGAGCUGGGAGCAGAGAUACAGCGACAUCCCCUGGGAGCGACAGAGCUGGGAGCAGAGAGAGACCGACAUCCCCUGGGAGCGACGGAGCCUGGAGCAGAGAUACAGCGACACCCCCUGGGAGCGACGGAGCCGGGAGCAGAGAUACAGCGACACCCCCUGGGAGUGACGGAGCUGGGAGCAGAGAUACAGCGACACCCCCUGGGAGCGACGGAGCCGGGAGCAGAGAUACAGCGACACCCCCUGGGAGUGACGGAGCUGGGAGCAGAGAUACAGUGACACCCCCUGGGAGUGACGGAGCUGGGAGCAGAGAGAGACCGACACCCCCUGGGAGCGACGGAGCUGGGAGCAGAGAUACAGCGACACCCCCUGGGAGCGACGGAGCUGGGAGCAGAGAUACAGCGACAUCCCCUGGGAGCGACGGAGCUGGGAGCAGAGAGAGACCGACACCCCCUGGGAGCGACGGAGCUGGGAGCAGAGAUACAGCGACAUCCCCUGGGAGCGACGGAGCCGGGAGCAGAGAUACAGUGACACCCCCUGGGAGCGACGGAGCUGGGAGCAGAGAUACAGCGACACCCCCUGGGAGCGACGGAGCUGGGAGCAGAGAUACAGUGACAUCCCCUGGGAGCGACGGAGCCGGGAGCAGAGAUACAGUGACACCCCCUGGGAGCGACAGAGCCGGGAGCAGAGAUACAGUGACAUCCCCUGGGAGUGACGGAGCUGGGAGCAGAGAUACAGCGACAUCCCCUGGGAGCGACAGAGCUGGGAGCAGAGAGAGACCGACAUCCCCUGGGAGCGACGGAGCCGGGAGCAGAGAUACAGCGACAUCCCCUGAGAGCGAUGGAGCCAGGAGCAGAGAUACAGCGACACCCCCUGGGAGUGACGGAGCCAGGAGCAGAGAUACAGCGACACCCCCUGGGAGUGACGGAGCUGGGAGCAGAGAUACAGUGACACCCCCUGGGAGUGACGGAGCUGGGAGCAGAGAGACACCGACACCCCCUGGGAGCGACGGAGCCAGGAGCAGAGAUACAGCGACACCCCCUGGGAGUGACGGAGCUGGGAGCAGAGAUACAGUGACACCCCCUGGGAGUGACGGAGCUGGGAGCAGAGAGAGACCGACAUCCCCUGGGAGCGACGGAGCCGGGAGCAGAGAUACAGUGACACCCCCUGGGAGCGACAGAGCCGGGAGCAGAGAUACAGUGACAUCCCCUGGGAGCGACAGAGCCGGGAGCAGAGAUACAGAGACAUCCCCUGGGAGCGACAGAGCCGGGAGCAGAGAUACAGCGACACCCCCUGGGAGCGACGGAGCCGGGAGCAGAGAUACAGCGACAUCCCCUGGGAACGACGGAGCCAGGAGCAGAGAUACAGCGAUAUCCCCUGAGAGCGAUGGAGCCAGGAGCAGAGAUACAGCGACAUCCCCUGGGAGCGACAGAGCUGGGAGCAGAGAUACAGCGACACCCCCUGGGAGCGACGGAGCCAGGAGCAGACACCCCAGCACAGCAGAAUGCAGCGACCGCCUGGAGCGUUUCCAAUCCCAGCUGUGCCCCACGGCCCAGCCCGGCCCAGCAGGGGGCUCCGGGUGCAAACUCUGCCCCACGGACUGGCAUCUGCGCGGGGACAAGUGCUACUGGGUCUCCAGAGGACGUAAAACGUGGAGCGAGAGCCGCACUGAUUGCACAGCGAGGGGCUCCCAGCUGCUGGUGAUCCGGGACCCUGAUUAGCUGUUGUUGACAACCUGGAUUCACAAGAGAAGAGCCUGACAGCAUGUCUGGUCACCGGCUGCCUGUCA